AUGGAAGCGUUGAGAGAAGAAAAUUCCCGCCUUAGGCAGAAAAUAGAAGCAGACCAAGGGGUCGAGGAGCCCUGCCAACCUCGGUCAAGGGCAGACAUUCCACCAAACUCAAGGGUAGCCGCCCCUCCCCAAUCAAGAGUUGACGUCCAUCCAACUGAGGAUGAAAGCGAAUACAGACCCACCGGACCAACAACAGGUGGUAACUACAGCUCCUUCGCCUCAAAGAGAAAUCGUCGCCACCCCUUCAUAGAUGGGAUCACAGAGACCCCCCUACCCCAUAAGUGGAAAGCACCCAUUGUGACAUAUGACGGCACAACAGACCCGGACGAGUUUAUAUCUAUUUACACCAAUCAGGUAGGUUUGUAUUCUACGGACGACGCCGUCCUGUGUAAGUCGUUUUCGGUAGCACUGAGAGGAUCAGCUUUGGAGUGGUUCAUGAGUCUUCCCCCCUACACCAUUGAUUCCUUCACCACGCUUACCACCACCUUCACCACCCAAUUCGACACAAGCCGCCGCCACGACCUCACUACAAUUGCCCUCCUCAAUCUCAGGCAGGAGGAGGGAGAACCUCUCCGAGUUUUUAUCGACAGAUUUGGCGCCAUCGCCAUGAAAAUCAAGGACCUUACCCCCAAUCUCAUAUUGAUGUACAUGAUGACCUCUCUCCAACCAGGACCUUUCACUGAUGAAUUAGCAAUGUGCCCCCCCUUAAGCAUGCAGGAACUUAGGAAAAGAGCAGCCAUGUUUAUCAGAGUCGAAGACAUGAGACGAUACCAAAACGAGGUCCUGCAGGCCGAACUCAUCCCCCCACCCAGAAAGUACCAAAACCCACCUAACGCGGACCUAAGUAAAUACUGCCAUUACCAUCGCAACAACGGCCACACAACUGAUGAAUGCGACACCUUGAGGGACAAGAUACAAGAACUUGUGCGGGUCGGGCAUCUCAAGCAUUACAUAAGAGAAACGGGGGAAGGCGCACCCAGACCCCGGUAUGAGAGGAACGAUAAUAGACGAGUCGAGCGACGACCAGACCGGCGGAUUGAACGUAGGGAACCGAGAAGAGAACCUGCAAGAACCCAACACACAGAACAAAGAAUGCCAACACAACCGCAACCCAGACGAACCGAUGAUAGACCACCCCUGCGCGGGACAAUCAACACCAUAUCUGGAGGGUUCGCCGGAGGAGGAAGGUCGUCCUCUUCUAGAAAGAAACACCUAAGGGCUGUCCAAUCAGUACAUGCCGUAUCUGGCAGAACGAUAAGAAGAAUGCCGCCCAUCACAUUCUCAGAUGUAGACUUUCAAGGCACCGAUCCCAACCAAGACGACCCUAUGGUCAUAACCAUAGAAGUAGAAAACUUCGCAAUCAAGAAAGUGCUCAUCGACCAAGGAAGCUCCGUAGAUAUCUUAUACUGGAAAACUUUUAACAAGCUACAGAUACCCCUAGCCGACCUAACUCCCCAUGAUGAACCCAUAUACGGAUUCUCAGGCGAGAGGGUCCCAACCAAAGGAUACAUCGACCUCCACACCACCUUUGGAGAGGGUAGACAAACAAAGACCAUACCCAUCCGCUACCUGGUCGUGGAGGCCCAUACAUCCUACAACAUACUUUUAGGAAGACCAUCCAUCCCUUGGGAGCCAUCGUGUCUACCCCACACCUCGCCAUGA